UGCCAGCUCAGGUUUGCCUGGCCUUAAGAGUUUCAUGGUGAACAGUUCUUGCCAGCAUUCUCAAACGCAGCAACGGCCUUGGACGCAUGAGGGUGUGCUGUAGUUGCAUGCCAAGCACCUCGGUGGUUGCCUGACAGCCACGAACAUGACGCCAAUAAAACGGUUAUUGGGCGGCACAGCCAGCUUCACCAGUCUGUCCACCCGGCCUGUUUGACUAGCCGCCAACAAUGCUUGUAAGUGCGCAUCAUUCAUUCCAGUAUCUUGUUUUCGUUGCCGCCAGGUGGGCGCUUGCAUGCUGAAUUGAGGCGGUAAAUCAAUUUCGCAGUUGUGACUCUUUUGGAACCUGGUGGUAUAAAUGGGGGUACCUUUGUAGCUCGUGCAAAAGCUACAGACACAAGCGAUUUUCAAUCAAAAAUUCAAACGAAAACUUUAUCCGUAUCUCUACUACCACGAGCACAAUGUCAGCCACCAAGAUCGUCUCCAGCGCAGCAAUCAAGACGAUCCAGAAGUCGGGCAAGGAUAUUGCGCUCAAGUAUGCCACCAUGACCGAGGCCUGGCAGCGUACCUAUCUUGCCACGAGCGAGCAGAACAAGUUCAGUGCCGCCAUAGAGAAGACCGAUGUCCCGUCCAACACCGCGACUGCCAUCCUGGUCGAGAAGCCGCAUGAGAGCCAGAAUGACAGUAGGACUCAUUUUACCACCGUCUUGCAAGACGACAAGGGCAAUCAUAUCAAGACACAACAUAUACCUGUUUGAGUUAAUGGUUUAGAUUGCUGGAGGACAAGGAGAUCGAUGCGGGGGGAGCUUGCGUCAGUUCGUUGGAAGGAUGGAACGAUCGAAGUGGGGAUCGAGCCCCUGUACAUCAUUCGCUGUGAGAAAAGGAUGGAGAAUUGCACGAGAAGUUGGUGAGACGAGAGAUAUCUAGAACUAGACUCAAACGCCGUCCUUAAUUGCGAUGUCCGCUCUGAGAACUCCCUCAAUGUCCUUCAAGUUCCAGUAGGUAUUGGCC